AUGUCGGCGUGGCAGCCGCCGGACUUCAAGGAGCCUGAGGACGUGUGGAUCCUAGGGACCUCGCACCUCUCCCCGGAGUCCGUUGCCAACGUCGAGCGUGUCCUCCGCACUGUCGGCCCCGACAACGUCGUCGUUGAGCUCUGCCGCAGCAGAGCUGGAAUCAUGUACGUGCCCAGCGAUGUUUCCGAUGAGCCGCUCGUGAAGUCCAACAUGUUCUCUCUCGGUGGCGCCAAGUUCUUCGGUGCAGUCAACCGAAGCAUCAACCUGGGUGGGCAAAGUGCUCUUGCCCUGCGUUUGCUCCUCGCUGUUUUCUCUUCAAAGAUUUCUUCCGAGGCGAACCGGCCCUUUGGAGAGGAGUUUCGAGCAGCUAGGAGGGUAGUUGAAGAUAUCGGUGCUCAGCUUGUUCUCGCUUGA